AUGUUUCCCGGAGGAUCUGGCUCACAGGAACCAUUUUCUUCCAGGAAUCCAUCCAAUCUACUCAAAGCCUCAGACGCGCAAUCGAACGUUGGGCUUUCUUCUCCACUAGUCCAGUCAGCGGAGACUCCCGACUUUUCACAGAGCGUCCUUCCUGGAGCAGAAUCUCACUGGCCCGUUCAGCACAUUCAGAGUCCUAUUUCUACUGUGCAAGGUGGUCCGCAAUCAACAGGAUUUGCACCGCCACUCCCCUCUAAUCAUUCAACGCUGAAUCCCGGCACGAGCCAGCCUCACACCCUGCCAGGAUCGAACUACCCCACAGAGUCAACGGCACAGUCUUCUAUCGAGGACACAACUCCUAUUAAAGAAGAAAUUGAGUCAGAAGACCAACGCGGCCUUGGCAUCUCAUCAUACCCCAUGUCAGUAGUAUCAGAUACAUAUUUUGCUGGCCCAAUGCAGCAUAAUACUCAGCAAUAUGCGUGGACAAACCGACCUUACCAACCCUUGCAACCGGGACAAAUGAACCCGCCAUUCCCAUCUUCACAUCCUUCAUACCCUCCAUCAAGCUAUGCGAUGGUUUAUCCAAGUCACUCAAACGUGCCGCUGCAUGGAUACCAGCAGCAAGAACAUCAAUUACCGGCGUCUUAUCUCGCACCUGGCAAUCCUUCCCGUCAUAGUCAGCCUCGAAGUUCACCCGUUGCCCGUCCUUUCUACCCUCAAUCUGUUCCAGGCACUUCUCAGCCCGAGCAGCCUCUCAUGACGUCCCCUCCUCCUUAUAUGAUAAACCAACCUGCCUAUUACUUCCCUGACACACAACCCAUUCCAUCGCACCCUACCUCCAUCAGCUCUCAGCCACCAUCGAUGACUGCUCCGGAGCCGAUAUACUCUUCACCCGAAUCAGCCGCCGCUACCGAUUCUGACCCUGUCCGCGUACUCAAUUUGCGCCCCCGACCACAGUGCUGGGACCAUGGUUGCAAUGGUCGUGAGUUCUCAACAUUCAGCAAUCUUCUCCGCCACCAGCGAGAAAAGUCAGGAGUGGUGGCUAAGGCUGAAUGCCCGAUAUGCGGUGCGGUAUUUACACGUACGACAGCACGCAAUAUCCACGUUGCGCAGGGCAAGUGUAAAAGCUCAGGGAGGGAAUCAUCCGCUGAGUAG